AUCCAACUUUAUAAUAUAUCAUUAAAUGGUUUAAAUAAUAUCAAUAUUAAUAUUAAUAAUAUUAAUUAGAAUAAGAGUUUAUGGGAAACCACAAGCAAUACCAAGUGCCUGCACAAGAGCAGCGAAGAGAGGCUUAGGAAGUCUCUUUUGUGUAUGCCAGUGUGGGUGUGUGUGCAUACAUGCUUGUUAGUGUUGGUGGACAGAACAAUAACAAGCCAAAAAAUAAAAGAGAAGAAUGUCAAUGGCUUUGGAAUGUAAUGGAGCAGGACCCACAGUAAUGCUCCAACUUCUGCGAUGAAUCAUAGCAACCCGAACCGUGCCUUAAUAUCGAACGACUAGCAGUAUAUGUACAUAUAAAUAAAGAUGCCGCUCCUGAGCAAAUGCUUUCCCUGCUUCAAAUUCAAGCACGAGGAGGUGAUUGACAAGCUGGACUAUAGCAAUACACCGCUCACCGACUUCCCCGAGGUCUGGCAGCACGAGCGGACGCUGGAGGAGCUCUACCUGAGCACCACACGGCUGCAAUCGUUGCCCCCGCAGUUGUUUUACUGCCAGGGCCUACGUGUGCUCCACGUGAACAGCAACAAUCUGGAGAGCAUACCCCAGGCCAUUGGCAGUCUGCGCCAGCUACAGAAUUUGGAUCUCAAUCGGAAUCUUAUUGUCAAUGUGCCCGAUGAAAUCAAAGCCUGCAAGCAUUUAACCCGUCUGGAUCUAAGUUGCAACAGCCUACAACGUCUUCCAGAUGCAAUUACCUCGCUCAUAUCCCUGCAGGAGCUGCUGUUGAACGAGACCUACCUGGAGUUUCUCCCAGCCAACUUUGGACGGCUGGUCAAUUUGAGGAUACUCGAGCUGCGUCUCAACAAUCUUAUUACGCUGCCCAAGUCGAUGGUGCGGCUGGUGAAUCUACAGCGUCUGGACAUUGGUGGCAAUGAGUUCACAGAGCUUCCCGAAGUAGUUGGAGAGCUGAAAUCUUUGCGAGAGCUGUGGAUCGACUUCAAUCAAAUACGCCGAGUGUCCGCCAACAUUGGUAAACUGCGCGAACUGCAGCACUUUGAGGCCAAUGGCAAUCUUCUGGAUACACUGCCCAGCGAGCUGAGCAACUGGCGGAAUGUGGAGGUUCUAUCCAUUUGCUCCAACAACCUGGAAGCAUUCCCCUUCAGCGUGGGCAUGCUUAAGUCUCUGGUGACUUUUAAGUGCGAGUCGAACGGACUGACAGAGCUUCCCGAUAGCAUCAGCUACCUGGAGCAGCUGGAGGAGCUGGUCCUCAGCCACAACAAGUUGAUCCGCCUGCCCAGCACCAUUGGAAUGCUGCGAAGCCUGCGGUUUCUCUUCGCCGAUGAGAAUCAGCUCCGCCAGUUGCCCGACGAGCUUUGCAGCUGCCAGCAGCUGAGUGUGUUGAGUGUGGCCAACAAUCAGUUGUCCGCGCUGCCCCACAACAUUGGAAACCUGGGCAAGCUGAAGGUCAUCAACGUGGUCAACAACUAUAUCAAUGCGCUGCCCGUCUCCAUGCUGAACCUAGUGAAUCUCACCUCACUGUGGCUAAGCGACAAUCAGUCGCAGCCCCUGGUGCCGCUGCAAUACUUGGAUGCCAGUACAAAGACACAGCUGACCUGCUUCAUGCUGCCCCAGGUCACCUUCAAGAUGAACAGUAUGCAGGCCCAACAGCAGGCCCAAGAGCAGUACGAGUUUGUGUACGCCAAUCAGCAGCAUCCGCAUGCGAGUCCCUCGCGGCGCAUCUGCUUUGCCGAGGAGGCCACCAUCUUGAGCAAUGCCAAAACGCAGCCGGCUCCCAGCUAUCCCAACUAUGUAGCUGCACCGCCAACACCAACGCCGGACCAGAUGGCAGGAUCCGUUCGGCUGAUGCGGUCACCCACUCCGUAUCCCAAGGAGCUGCGCCAAAUGGCGAAAUACGUUCGGCAAGCCCAGGCAGCAGCGACGUCGGCAAACGCCAACGAAGUGAGGGAGGCCCGCGUGGUGCCCAAUGGCCAAGUUCACUGUGAUAGCAGCAAUGCCGACCAAGAUGUUGUGGAUCAGGCCACAGCAAGUGCAAUAUACGGCGUUGCACCAGAGAACGCUCACAUCUACGGUGUCUAUCAGCAGCCGGCGACGACGCAGCAGCUACCGGUUCCUCCACAAGAGUACUACGGCCUGCCCCUGGUCAACUACGAGGCGCACUAUCAGCAGCUGUAUGUCGAGGCGAAUACCUUACCCACCACACAUCUGAACGGUGAGCAGGACUAUGAAUUGCAGCCCUUGCAGCACCAGGAGCAGCAGCUGCCUCAACAUCAGCAGCAGGCCGUGCCGCCAUCUCGAUUAGAGCCGCCACCCUACCACAUAGCUAGAGUAUAUACCAAGAAAACGCCAGAGGACCUUAAUCUGUACGAGUCCAUGAGACAGCGCAAGCAACAGCAGCAGCAGCAGUUAGAGCAAACGAUCUAUCAGGAUGCUCUGAAUAGCAACUUUAAGACCACGGCGAUUGGUGCUCAGGAGGAGGAGUCCAUCGAACAGCUGGACUACCAAAACAACGUCAGCACUCUGGAGCAAAGUCCCGAGGAUGAGGAAGAAGAGCUAGAUGAUAGCUUGUCGCAGCACUCGAUGAACUCCACGGCCACCAAUAACACCUCCAGGGCAAGUCACAAAAAGUCCACCUGGAUCUUUGGCGUCCACAAGAAUCCUACAGUCAAGCAGGUUACCCUCAAAUGGGAGCACAGCAUGGGCUUUGACGUUGCCGAGCUGCUCAAUCACGUGGGCAUCUUUGUGAGUGCCAUUACGCCCAAUACAAACGCCGCUCGCCUGCUGAGCCUCAACGACAAGCUGCUUGAGAUAGAUGGCUACGACCUGACCAAUGCCAAUCUAAAGGAUGCCAAACGGGUGCUGCUUAACUGUGGCACUGUCAUGACCAUAAUGUUCUCAAGAAAAUGAUGGACCAUUUGUUUCUAAACCCAAACCGAUUCCCAUCACGAGACCGAAGACUAUUUGUGCAUUUUUCUACAGCAUUUUUCCAAUGAGCUAUAGCCUAUAGCCUAUAUCGGAUCAAACCGCUUGGAUUUACCAAUAAUGUUAGUUGAUAAAUCGCGUCCUCUUCCGCCCUGGCGAUCCAUAGAUCAGUCAUAGAAAACUAUUGCCAGCUAACAGAGCCUAUGCUUUUCAUAUUUGAUAUAUACAUAGGUGCAUCCAAACUGCCAUUUUCCAUAUACCUAGAUGAAGUAACUACUCGCUAAAUAGAUGAACAACCUCAUGAUAUGGAUGAUAUUUGUAUUUAUAGUCUGUAACAUGCGGUACCCAUCAUAUUAAUAUUUUUAUUUUUAUGCUUGAUUCCGAAUGUGUUUCUAUUGUAUUUCUUACCUUAAAUGACUGUAUUUGCUUAGACUUAUCCAAAAUUAAUUUGCUUACUCAGUAUUCUUUGUACAUAGUUAUGUAAGCGAUCAGCAAAGGCAAUAUUUAGUUGUGUCGAUUAUGAAUUAUAGACAUGUAGAACUUCUUCGAUCCCAUAAUGGAAAUAAUUAGCUUAAAUGUAUAACGCAUUUGUAUCUCAAGUUGGGAGGCACUCAUUCUGACAGCAAGAUGUACUCGUACUCGUAUUUAUUUAAAUAGUGCAAUUAGCGUUGGUUAUAAGUAUAAAUAUAUACGCACACUAACAAGUAUAUAUAGACACGAUAAUCAGACAAAAAAAUACCUACAUCUAGCGCCUACUCUACGCCCAGCGUUGUUCAAAUUUGUGCCCCAAAAUUAAGGAUAUGUAUAGACGAAUUACUCGAUUACAAAGGAUAGUUGCUGUUUAUGUUAGUUGUUAUGGUGCAGCAAUAUAAAUUCAUAUAUAUAUAUAUAUAUAUUUACACAUACUUACGCAUACUACAUAUUUAUUGUCCAAUUGAAGAAUGUAUCCAAUCAUUAUUUUCCCUGGAAAAUUGUUAACGAAACGUAUGUAGGAGAGGGAGAGAAUUCCUUCUUGUUCUAUUCUAUUGGCGUUGUGAUCAGUAUUAUGUUCUAUUUUAGCUGGUUAUUCAAAGUUGAGCACUGCUAUAUCCAUUCACUUUAUCUAGUAUAUAGAACACCACACACACACACCCAUACAUACAUACAUACAUGCAUACAAAUCUAGCUAACUUAAGCCAGCGCACACAUUUUGCCAAUUCAAUUUGAUUUAAGAGCGUUACAACAAAUCACUGAAAUACAACUUUCACUUUGUCAUUUCGCCAUAGUUUUGAUUAAAUCUUAUCGAGCCACCACCAGUAGACAAAAGAGACGGAAAAGACAAAGAGCACAACCAGCUACUCAACAGACGGGCUUAAUGAUUAAUGUCCCUGGGGCUGCCGCUGUCGCUGUCGUUAUCGACAGGCAAUUAUCUAUGGAAAUUAAUUGUCGGCGACAUUUGUAGUGUGCCAGCCAGCCGACACCCAGCGAAGCACGCAAUGCGGCAGUGGACUCUGGGUGUAUGGGGGGUAUGGAGACCACAACUCUCCACAUGCCCACAACAACAUCAUCAGCGUCAACGAAUUUUGUUUGCGGCGGCACUUUCGGCAAAUAUAUUUGCAUAAAAAGUGUACAAACAGCGCUCGGUGUGUAAAUUCAACUGGAAAGUAGGCAACGAAAAAGCGCAACCGAAUACAGUGUGAUCGAGCGGAUGAAUAAAUGAGUGUACAUUUAGCAUCCGAUGCGCAUCUUUCAAGGAGAGCAUUAAGCAAACCUUAUUGAAUGGUUCUUUUGUAUGCCCCUCUUCAUAUUUCACCCUGUAAACAAUAUUUUCCAUGGAAGAUGCUUGCUAUCUAAUCUAAUCUAUUAAUAAAGCAAAUCUUUAUACGAAAAA